UGAGAAUCCCGGUCCCGGCUUUCUCGAUUUGCACUGAAUCAUACGGAGUGCUGGCGAGUAAGAUAUAUAGCUAUGGAUAAUACCCAAGGGGAUGUAGCGUUUUAUUGCUAUUUAGCGUGCACCGCGACUUCUGUGCGGAACAAGAAAGACAGGGAGAGGGAAGAUCUGGUGCAAGAGAAGCUAUGACGCCAAAACACUCCGGUUCACAAGACGGGAACUUUGAUAUAGAACCGGAUAGUACAGUGGCUUCAGAAGUGAGGGUACAGACAGAGAGCAAGCUGCCAGAUCACAAACUCGAGAACGUGCCCGUUCCAAUUGAUCAGGAGAACCUUCAAAAUCAAGAGCAAGCACUAGAAGCGAAAGAGCCGGAGACAUCUGAUGACGAUCCAAAUGAUCGAAAUAUUGUAUCAUGGGAUUCCCCUUCGGACCCAGCCAACCCAAAGAAUUGGUCGUUCCGUCGCAAAUGGGCAGCAGUAUAUGUCGUCUCUUGCUUUACAUUCAUAUCUCCGUGUUCUUCAUCAAUGGUAUCGCCUGGAAUAGAGACUAUCAGUCGAGAUCUUCACAUUACGCGCACGGCUGAAGGGCAAAUGACCAUGUCGGCGUUUGUUCUGGCGUAUGCUUUUGGUCCGCUUUUUCUAGGUCCAUUGUCAGAGAUCUAUGGUCGGGUCCCAGUGCUUCAGCUAGCGAAUCUGGUGUAUCUUGUGUUCAACCUCGCAGGUGGAGCUAGUCGAACAAAGGGUCAGCUUAUUGCAUUUCGGUUCCUCUCUGGACUGGGAGGGAGUGCCCCUUUGAGUGUCUCUGGUGGAGUCAUUUCCGAUCUGUUUACCGCAGAUCAGCGUGGACGCGCUGUCAGUUUAUACGCGCUGAUGCCACUUCUGGCGCCAGCCGUGGGGCCGAUCGCCGGUGGGUUUAUAACGGAAUACAGUAGUUGGCGAUGGGCAUUCUAUGCAACUAGUAUUGCAGACGCCGUGGUGCAAGUUAUCGGAUUGUUCUUUCUACAGGAAACCUAUGCACCGGUUUUGCUCGCGCGAAAAAAGAAGCAGCUCCAGAAAACCACGGGAAACGAAAACCUCCUCACCGAGUACGAAGCCAAGGAUCCAUCAUCCCGGUCGCUCCUCAGCCUCUGGAGAACUUCCCUCUCGCGGCCGUUCAUUAUGUUAGCAACGCAGCCUAUUAUCCAGCUUCUCACGCUAUAUAGAGCAUAUCAGUACGGUCUAACGUACCUGAUGCUGUCGACGAUGCCGGUGAUGUACGCAAGAGUCUACCAUCAGUCAGAAGGGAUUACCGGACUUCAGUUCAUAUCCGUUGCAAUCGGGCUUUGCUUCGGUGUCAUGUCUCUGCCGCUGCUGGAUAAAUUGUAUAAAAGAAACGGCAAAGGAUAUCGCGUCCCGCUCAUGAUUCCCUGCUCGCUGAUUAUUCCGAUUGGUCUGUUGUGGUAUGGAUGGUCCGCAUCCGCUUCGCCGCCGUUGCACUGGAUCAUGCCAGACAUUGGGAUUGCCAUUAUGUCUAUGGGAAUCGCCGUGAGCAAUCAGUGUCUCCAAGCGUACUUGAUUGAUUCGUAUCAGCGAUAUGCAGCAUCUGCCUCCGGAUCCGUUGUAUUCCUGCGGUCGUUGGCAGGGUUUGCCUUUCCGCUUUUUGCUCCACGUAUGUUUGAUACGUUGGGAUAUGGUAAAGGAUGCACUGUGCUGGCGUGUGCGUCGAUAGCAAUUGGAAUCCCGGCACCAAUCUUGUUAUGGUUUUGGGGAGCGAAGAUAAGGGCGAGAAGUAAGUUUGCUGCUGGUUAG